AUCCACCAGUUCAUAACCUGUAAUGGAGGCGUAAACCAUGCAGUGAGAUUUCGGGGCGUUGGAGUGCAAUUUUAUAGUUUUUUUCAUAGAUUUUUAAGUCGUUAUCAAGCGCUCGGUGCUCCGCGACGGUCCGUUAUCAAUCUCGGCGUAAGAUCCGCUUCACGUCCACCCGCCAAUCACAUAUUCACAUCAAAUCCAUCACUUCUUUCAACCUUUGCCGUGCCUUUGCAAAAGCCGGAUCCCUUUUUGCAUCACGUUCAAAUCACUCGUCAUAUUUUAAUGUGAUACUUUUUUUUAGUCCAUAAUGCAUCGUUGUAAGUGCACAGAUCGUUCCUCCUACCCUCUGAACAUCACCGCCGAAAUUGAGGAAGGUUCUGUUCGUGAUAAGUGAUAACAGCGUAACCGACAACCGACUUCGUGCAGGGAUAAUAUUAGCUGCACCUUACACCAUCACUCUUUUACGUAUAAAAUGCGGAUUGUGUGACACUCAACAAAAAUGGCGAUACUUCUCAAAUAUAUAGAUGACUUCCAUGAAGUGUUUAAUAAAUAUGGCGAUCCUAGGACAAGUAAUUGGUUCUUGAUGAGCAGCCCAGUUCCUACUUUUCUAGUUUGUAUUUCCUAUGUUUAUUUGGUCAAAGUUCUCGGACCUCGGUUAAUGGCCAACAGAAAACCUAUGCAAUUACGCAAGCUUCUCAUUGCCUACAAUUUAUUUCAAGUUGUUUUUAGUUCAUGGCUCUUUUACGAGUUAGCCGCGAGCGGAUGGCUCACAGGUGAUUAUAGUUUACGUUGCCAGCCUGUUGACUAUUCAGACUCACCGCGAACUUUAAGGAUGGUACGAGUGUGUUGGUGGUAUUACUUUUCAAAAUUUACAGAAUUUUUUGAUACCAUAUUUUUUGUACUGCGGAAGAAAACAAGGCAUGUUUCUCUGCUACACGUAAUUCAUCACGGUGUGAUGCCUAUGAGCGUCUGGUUUGGAGUCAAAUUUACACCAGGAGGACAUAGUACUUUCUUUGGACUGUUAAAUACGUUUGUACAUAUUAUAAUGUAUGCAUACUACCUUCUCGCUGCCCUGGGACCACAAGUACAAAAAUACCUCUGGUGGAAGAAGUAUUUAACUUUCAUUCAGAUGGUUCAAUUUGUACUCAUCAUGGUUCAUGCCUUCCAGCUAUUCUUUACGGAUUGCAAUUACCCUCGAGCAUUUGCUUGGUGGAUAGGACUUCAUGCUGUGAUGUUCUUUUUCUUAUUUAAAGGAUUCUACAAGCAACAAUAUUCUUCCAAAACUAGUCUCAAGUUAAAACUCAAUCAUGCAAAUGGGAAUGCUGUUAAACCUGGAGAAAAAAGUUUGGAUGAUAUAGAUUCUCCUAAAUCGCCAGUUCAAAAAGCUAUUUUGGACUGGGAAUUGCGACUGAAAGAGAAAGGUGAAGUCUCCUAUCCAAAGCGGAAAAUAAUAACCAAAGAUUUCCCAUAAGAAAUCCAGGUUGAUGCAGGAGAGUCGAACUCAGCUCAUGCAACCACAAAUGGUUUUUCGCAAGGGGUCAAAACCAAUGGAGUGAGCAACGGUUAUCACAAACCCGCAGACUACUAUGCAAAUGGUCUCUCCCAUCGAAGCUCAACUCUAAAAAGCGAGAAUCAUAUUGACUGAAUUAUCUCAGCCUUUUGUGUCCUCAUUGGUCAUUGCCUCUUUUACCUAAAAGUUUUUUGUCGGUAUUUUUUACCUUAAUUUUUUUCCUCAAUACAUUUAUCAGUUUGUCAAAAAAAUUUUAGUGCAAAAGAGCCCUGAAAAGAAAGGAAUACAAAAAUGGAGACUUAUAAACUAUUUUCAGGCUAGGUUAAUUUUCAUUUCAAUUUUGUUAAGCUAUUGAUAACAAUACAGGUGGGAAGGGGGGUUUCUUUCUAGGUAAUUUUUUAGGAAGCCGUCAAAUAAUGACAUGUAUUAUAUAUUAAAUCAAAAUUGCUCAUUGUUAUUAAAUUUAUUUAUUUUUCCUGUCUAUGUCUUUGAUUGAUAUUAUAAGGAUUUAUUUGUGAACUUUCAUUUACUGAAUUGUAUCUUUGUUAAUACCUUUCUCAUACCUCAUACCUUCUGUAGAUUCAUUUGCAUACCAGUCUGCAAAUUUGGAAAAAUGUAAGUUCACUUUGGCAUGAUUUUUUUAAAUAUUUGUUUUACAACUUUUGAGUUUGGUUGUCCAUAGAACGACCCUUGUAUGCUGCAUCAAUCAGAUAUACCCACAAAUAAUUAAAAAUAACCAAGUGAAAAGCUCAUUUCCUCAAUCCUGUGCCAGAUAAUUUUAAGUUUUUUCCUAGCUUUAAAAUUUGCCAGUGGCAAUUUUUCUAAAUACUUGAAAAUCGAGCACAUUUGUAAUACUUCAUCCGCAAACUUUUUUUGAAAAUUAUUCAGGAGUUGAAAUUUUUUUGUCUCGCAUGGGCCAUUGUUGAAUCAUCUUGUCUCGCAUGGGCCAUUGUUGAAUCAUCAUCUUAUGAGCUUAAUCAAUUAAGCCCUAUCUUAGCAAUUCUAUCCAUUGAUUGAGGUCUUUUGAUAAUGUUUCAAUAAUUGAAGCGUUGAUUCUUUAAAAAAUUGAACUCUAUCUAUUUAAAUUUUUUUGAAGCAAGGAAGGAGCUAUCAUAACUUUCAUUUUAAAAUGAAGAACAUGACGAUAAGAACAUUUUUUUUCUCAUUGUAUCCUACAAUGCAGCGUGCUCAUUUUUACCCAUCAAUCGUGAAAAAUACAACUGUUUGAAGUGCAGGACCAUUCCACCUUUACAACUUCUCAGUCUGCAUUGUUUUUGUUGAUAAGUCAUUUCUUAAUUUUUUAAUAAUAAAUCAUUCUUUUUUUUACAAUAGAAAUUAAACUUUCAUUGUUUUUAAAACAUCAAGUAGGUUUUCAAUGAAAGUAAUUAUCAUGAAAUCAAAGAACCUUGCACCGAACGUUUGAGCAAGUGAUCCUAUGUGACUUUAAAAUAAGUGUUCCGAGCGGUUCUUUCAUUGAUCGGUUCAUUCUUUCAAUUGAGUUGAAGUCAUGGACGUUCUCGAUGCUUGUCUGUCCUGUGAGCUGAUUAUUGCAAUAUAUGUUGAAACGAUAUGACAUCGAACAUUGAUAUAUUAAAUUGGAGAGAUGGGACUUCGCCUUGACAAUAUAGCUUCAAUUAUUCUCAACAACCGGCCUGCUAGCAGAUUAAAGAAAUCAACAAGCAUGUGCUGUUUGUCUUAUUACAUAGGUUCUUCAAGAUGGAGAGCAAAGUUACACGCAGAGUAAAAUAUCGUGUGAGUUAUCAACAUGAAUGGGCCCCUAGACAAGGUAUGAAGUACAGAUUUUUGCCGCAUUUUUUUCUUAAAAAUUUUAACAGAAAAACUAAUCUGCCGAGGAGGGGUCCGAAAUCAACUUUUUAACGAGAUUCAAGUGUUUACAAUUAAAAUUGAUGAAAUUGCAAGAAUGCAAAUGACAUAGUGUGGUUAAUCUAACUUCCAUUUGAUCUGUGUUAAAAACAUAGUUGUCAUCUUGUUCAGGAUUUGAUUGUCAAAAUUCCUGCUGUGUGAAUCGUUCUCCACGGGAGAUUUUGAAAAGCGAAUGUGUGACCGUAUUUUCUAGGUCGGACCAUGCUUAGCAGCUCAUUUGCACCUGGGCAUCUUGCUGAGGAUACAAUCAGCUAUUAUGAAACACAAAAUUCUGGAAAACCAAUAUCUAGUCAAUGUGAUUACCAGUUAUAAUUGCGGGAAAACCACCUUAAAGAAUUAUUUGACAUGAUACUUACUUUUUUGUCCAUUGCCGUGUCAUUCAUUGUCAAUAGGACAAGUAUUAACUCAGCACGUUUUCAGUUUGAUUGUAUUUUGCAGUAAGGAAUAACUAUUUUUGGCCUAUUUAUCCAGACAGGAGAAACUGAUGGCAUUUCUUAUUGUCCCUAAUGUGAGCCUCAAAUAGUAUCUCCACGUUGCAAAGCCUUGAAAUGAACCCUUGUUGCAAUCGAAAACUUUGUUGUCAUUAUUGACAAUGUUCAGCUCUUCAAACUCUCAAUAAUUUUGUCCUCAUUUCACUCUCUUUCAUAAAGCUUUACUCAAAGUGCUCUUUCCUUUCCGUAGUCCAUAUUUCAUCAGGUAACUUCAACUGACUCAUGCCUGUAUUAAAUUAAUCAAAAUUUUAUUCCAUAAAAAAAUCAACGAGAGGUUUUCAUAAAAAUCAUAGGUUAACAGAGUGAUUCACUAAUUUGUUGACAUUAGUACAUACGUGUAUUUAUAUAUGUUAAGUAUGAGGCGACCAUAGACUUAGGAUUUUUCAAUUUUUAUAUCAAGCAAUUUCUCUAUUUUUUGCAGAAAACGUUUUUUAUAUUUUAAACUAUCAAACCUGCAGCCGUUCUCACACCACUCCCAGCUUGCAGAUGAUCCAUGAUGUAAACCAACAUUUUGUCGCACACUUUAAGAUCAUCAUCUAUUUUCUGCGGCUCUUGAAUAUUUUGCAUUAUUUCACCACAAGCCUAUUCUGGGCAAGUCUAUCUUACAGCCCUGGAAAUGAUCUCCUCUUAUGACAGGUUGCAAUUUGUUGAAAUUUUUAAUCCUGAAAAAUCAUGGCACUUUUGCAAUGCAAAACGCUGAGAAAUUAAAAGACAGGCUCUGAGAUCCAUCGCAAACUUCUAAUAUUUCGAAUCGAGAAAAAUCCUGAGAGUACAGCAGAACAUAUUGCUGAGAUUUUGAUGUGUAGGUUUUGAAAUUAUUUAGCACGCUGGUUUCCUAAUUGAGUACUUACUAAAAGCUUCAUCAAUUCAAGUUCGUAAAGUGUAUCAAUGGCUGUAACUCUCAAUACCCUCUUUCAGACAUCCUCAAAUGAUUUCUGUAAUGAAACAUCAUAAAGGUACUUUUUCAUGGCGUUGCUGCAGUGCUGAAGUGUAUCAAAGUAACAAAACUCUUUUGUCUUUCCUGAUCUUUUCAAAUCGUAAAUUUAAGAAGUCAUAAAACAAAAUUCUUGAAGAUAACAUCUGAUUGAUUUAUUAUUGUUUUAACUGCAAAAGGAAUUGAUAAGAAUUCAUAAGAGACAAUUUAAGAGUAAUUUUUUUCCUCCCAGCUACAAUACUUUUGAAGUACAUACAAUGAAAGGCAUUUAGUGUCAUCCUUCUUUACUUCUCUGAAAUAUGAUCUUUUGCCCAAAAUUAGAAAUUGUUUGUUUUGCCAUUUUGAGAAUUUUUCGCACUGUUUUUGAAAUUCCCACUAAUAAUGAAGAAUAGCAUACCUAUCCCAACAGACGUCAUUUUAUUGUCAGCAGCGGACUGCUUUUUCAACAGAAAUGAAGAAGUGCAACCUUUUGCCACCGCGCACCCUACUGUAUUCAUGUCUGAUGACUCCUAAAGUUGAAGAUUCUUUUAAAAAUAUGUACUUAAUUUGUCCCUAUUUUCUUUAUCUCUACCAAUUUGCUCUCUACUGUGGAAAAAAUCCGUUACAAAUAUGUAGUUUCUUGCUGUUCAUUUUAUCAAAAAUCCUUGAAUUGCUGCGUUUUGGCUCUUCAUUUCUGUUAAGUUCAACGCAUUUUUUCAUGGUGUUUUCAAAUUUGCAGCGAUGCACCUGCUCAAAAUUUGUGACAAAGAAUCCUGCCCCUGUCUCUCCACCUACCAUUUAACUCCCUUAGUGUUAAAAUUUCCAAGUUAAAAGCGCCCUCAAAGCUACGGCACAGCAAAGCUGAUACUUGUUGUAGAAGUGCGCGUAAACGAAAAACUUAUGUUGUAACUUCCUUUCUCAUCCUUUCAGAGAAUUUUUGCAUGUUGCUAAGUAAGAUUAUAAUUACCAAAAGCAUUUACAUUACCAAAGCAUAAUGUGAGGGAUCCUGUCGAAGUAAUAGGGGGCCGUCUGUAAGAUACGUAUAGCUGAAAAUCGGACAUUUUGACACCCCUUUUCCUUGCAACGCACCUGUUAAAUAGAUCUGCACCCCCACUAAAAAAAGUAUUUAACUCUCAGUUUGAUUCCCUCCUUAAAAUUUGGGUUUUAUAAUACAUUCUGAAUGAAAAAUUGCUAUUUUGCUUCGAUUUUCUCAUUAGAUUUUCGACAAAUUAGCUCCAUACGCCCAUUUUAGCAUCAUGUGUCCAUUGUAGCAUUACAUACUUGCGGAGGCUCAGCUCUCCUCCCAUGUCAUCCCUGAGAGCGUUACGUAUUUUAUAAAAGGCCCCCACUGCCCCUAGACAUGUUUUCUGCCUGAAAUAGCAACAUUUAAAAGGACCAUAGCUGUUCUUGAGUGAUUUAGCCCAAUUGUGGGGAAUUUUUUUUUACCCAUCGUAUAACAUAGAUGAUUCACAUUUCAUAUGAUAAUAAUAGAUACUUUGUUAAAUUGCAUUUUUGAAGAUGUCCAUGUUACUCCAUUACAUGUAAUCAUUCUAAAUAAAGUAAAUUUUCCUGUUUUA